AUGACAAACAAACGUGAUAAUUUCUCAAAUCCUGGUUAUACAGUUGAUUCUCCACCACCUUAUACUCCCUCUUCGAGCUCUCAAGGUGCAACCGAAAGUACGCGUGUAUACACAGACGCACCCAAAAAUUCAUACUCUGCAAUACCUACUCCUGUGUAUACUCCACCCUCGCAACAGACGCAAUCUUCUCCUGAAACAGUCGUUUUGACUGCAGCAAUACCACUAAAUAAUUUGCGAGCAGAGCCAGCGGUAACUACGUGCCCACAUUGUAAUCAUGUUGUUUUGAGUUCUACGGACUUUAGAGCAGGUUCAGCUACCUGGUUAUCCUCUUUCGCCUUGUUUCUGUUUGGAAUUACCUCGUGGGGAUGCUGUUUGUUUCCUUUUUGUAUAAGUGACUUAAAAGAUUGUAUCCAUUCAUGUCCAAAUUGCGGUCGCAUCAUGGCUAAAUACUCAAGAUUGGACGGGAAGGUAUAUAAAUAUCUAGGAGAUCAAUUUGAGUAG